CUUGGCCGGCCUCACCACUUAUUCAAAAUCUCCUCCCUCUUCUUCCUCCAACCAGCUCUCUGACUCCGCCAUUAAUGUCCACAUAAACUAUCUUCGUAUCAAUUCAUUUCGUAUCUCAAAAAACCAGAACUACCUUAUGGGGAAGAAAAUGAAGCUUCGUUUUCUCUCCUCCAACCCCUCCAUCUCAAAACCUUCAUGGCCAUGGCCUUCUUGUCACCAACCAAGAACCCUCUCUUUCAGAACCACUACCCCAGAUGCCAUCUUCAAGACCAUCAACUCAGCCUACAUUGACGCUACAAUCCCAGCUGCGGACACUAGUACUCCUGACUCCUGGUUAUUCACCAACUCGUCCGAGUCAGCCAGCUUCUCCACCGCCGCGUCGGAUAACGAGUCAGCCCCCGAGUGCAUCGAGACGGUGAUUCGUGGGCUAAGGUCAGAACGGCUCUUUUUCCAGCCGGGAGAGACGAGUUCGAUACUAGAGGAAGCCAAGCCUGGUGGGUUCCCUUUCAAAGAAAGCUCGGUUUUGUCAAUGGAGUCCCAAGACCCUUAUGAAGAUUUCAGGACGUCCAUGGAGGAGAUGGUGCUGGCUCACGGGUUGAAAGACUGGGAAGGUCUUGAAGUGUUGCUUUGCUGGUAUUUGAGAGUUAACGGAAAGAGCAACCAUGGAUAUAUUGUUGGAGCUUUCGUUGAUUUACUUGUGGGUCUUUCUCUAGCUUCUGCAACUACUUGUUCUUUUUCUCGUGAUUCUCCGUCUUCUUCGUUGUCUUUUUAUACAUCCUCGUCUUCCUCCGAUGACUCUUCGUCGACACCUUGCGUUUCGUCCAUGGAAGCCCAUGAUCAUGACGAGAUCAUUAGCAGUAAUAAUACUGCAUGUAUAUCUUCGUUAUUAGAAGCUGACGAUGAGAUUAAAGAAAGUAAAGACGACGACGAUGAUGUUGAUGAUCCAAGAUGAAGAUAUACAUCUUACUUCAUCUUCAUUAGCAGACCUAUAUAUAUAAAUACAUAUGUUUAUAUAUCCUCUUCUUUCUUUUACUACUUCUUCUUCUUCUUCUUAUUCCU